AAACUCUGAAACUGGAAGCGAAGCCGCCUCUUCCUUCCUCCCUCCCUCCCUCCCUCCCUCCCUUCCAUAUGCCUCUCAACGGCGUAUUGUUUUUGGACUAUGUACAGUCUACUCUGUAGCCUGGGAGCAGCUCAACGUUUCUCGUCUCCGAUUCUCAAGAGUGAAGCCUUUUUCUUCAGUAAAUAAUUAUUUGCAGACAAUAAUCUUGCUGCUGCAAGUUUUAGCACUCGGUGUCUCUGGAACAAGAGAAGGCAACAAUGGCAAACCUGGUCCCUCAGGGGCAGAUGAUUUCUCAAAAUGAAAAUUUCGGUGUUCCUCCCAAAAAGAUUGGUUUGGACGGGACCAACAGAAGCUCUAAAGCAGCCACAAAGAAAGACGGACAGAGUCUUCGAAAUCGUAAAGCUCUCAAUGAUAUUACAAACAAAUCAUGCCUUGGUCAUGAAACAGGAAAUGUUUCAAGAAAACAGAAGUCUACAAAGGAAAAGUUUAAUGCAGCUGAGGAAGUAUUUUUACAUGAUCACAGAAAGUGCACUGAGGAACGUCAAAUUUCUAAGAAUGCCUUCUUGGACAUUGUUCUUCCAGGACAUGAUUCACAUCCCAAGCCUGUGGAGGAAAAGUAUGACUACAUUGUUGAUGAACCAGAAGAACUUUCCAUGUCUGAGUUUUCUGAUUGGCUUUGCUCAACUCGGUGGAGUUCUCCGCCACAUUCUCCAUUACAUUGGGAUCUGUCAUUCUCUCCUUCCGCAAUGCAGCUAGAGACAGUUGAAUUCAAACUAAAGGAUGAAGGUUACUCUUGAUGGUGACUUGUAGCCUUCUGCAUUUCUUCUUCCAUGAAAAAUUACAUUUCUUAGAUGUUCAUUUUGACUCGUGAGCUGCAAGACUGAUUUAGAUAGGAUGUGAUUUUCUCAUGUAUGAACUUGUGACCUCUUAGAAUUGCCACUUAUUCAUAAGUACGAGUUGUUGAGUUGGUUUGCCA